CACCAUGUGGGGGAGGCUCCUCUCCGAGCUUGGGCAAAACGGCGACUACAGAGCAGAACCCUGGAGACUGGGGUUCAAUUCCCUGUUAAGACUAUGGCUGACCAGGGUGGCCCUGAGAGAAUCACUAUUUUUCAGCUUCAGGUUCCCAUUUGUAAAAUGGGAGUAGUAGUGACCAUUCUUCAAAAGAUGUCAGAAGAAUGUAGUAAUGAAGGCCCAGAAUAUUCCUCAUCAGGAUGGUUGCCUGGUACUGAUUUACUGUGGCAAGCCGCAGCUGGUCCAUCAAAUGGUCGAAGUACCCAUAUCAGAAGGCACAGCAUAGCUUCUGACAGUGGGGACACUGGCAUUGGAACCUCCUGUUCUGAUAGUGUGGAAGAUCAUUCCACAUCAAGUGGCACUUCCUCAUUUAAGGCCAGCCGCUCACUCGUCUCAAUUCCCACUGCCCAUGUGAUGCCGUCUAAUACCAGCUCUUCGCUGUCCAAACAUCGGGAACCUCUCAAGUCUGACUAUUCAAAAUGGAGUACUAGCCUUUUGAGGUCCGCUGGAAGCAGGCAUCAGGGCGUGGUGGACAGUUCCCUUGAUAUGAAGGACUUGAGGCCUGUAAGGAAAUGGUCGUCUUUGUCUAAAUUAAGCACACCGGUUAGCUGUAACCAGGAUGGGGGUGCUUACUCAGCAGAGUGCAGGGCCAGCAUGGAUAAAAUGGGAAGAGACAAGGCUGUAUCACUGCAACUAAGAACAAAUGGGACAAGCUGCUUGCACAAUAGUAUGGAACUACUCAAGAUUGAGGACAGAGAAAUUGGGAAGAAAAGAAAUGCUACCUUGGACUGCAAAUACAAAUUUGAAAGUUGCAGCAAAGAAGACCUGGGGGUCCCUGAUCCCUCAAACAGGAGACAUGCCUUAGACAUGACCUACAGUGCCUUACCUGAAAGCAAGCCAGCUAUGUCAAACUGUGAGGUUUUUCAUCAAGGAUACGUAACUUUGGGACCUCAGGCUGUGAGUGGGAUUCCCAUUCAACCCUCUGAGAGGACUCAGCGGUGGCUUACAGAACAAUUUCAUACAAACCCUCCAGAGUCUAGGCCUUCUGAAGAGUCAUACAGUUUACCUCCUUGGCAGUUACAGCAGCUUGAAGAACUUAGAACAGGAAGUGAACAUCCUGUGCAGGUUCUGAGUGGUUCAUCUCAUCAGAGUUACUCAGCUGCAAGCUUUCAGGACUACAAUAAUUGGGAAUCCCUGAUGAAAAUCAAAGAAGGGUUGUUAAGGCAAAAAGAGAUUGUGAUUGAUCGGCAGAACCAGCAAAUUAACCUUUUAUAUCAGAAGAUAAGGGAGAAUGAACUGCGAGCUCAGCAAGCAAGAUUGGGGCACAUUGUGAAUUGUGAAGACUCUUACAUGAGUAGUUUCCAGCAACCUCAGUAUGAGAACACAGCAUUGCAGGCUCAAUUUGCAGAGAGAACUGUGGUACACUGUGAAAGGGAAGAGCUGGAGCGAAAGCUUGCAGCAGUACAAAGCAAGGAACUACAACUCAGUGAGUUUCUCAAACAAAUGGCAAACAAAUCCAACGAAGAUAAAAAAAAGAUGGAAGAGAAGCUCAAAACCAGAGACAGGUACAUAAGCAGCCUGAAAAAGAAAUGCCAAAAAGAAUCAGAGCAAAAUAAAGAGAAACAGAGAAGAAUUGAAACACUUGAAAAGUAUCUGGCUGACUUGCCAACACUGGAUGAUGUUGAAAGUCAAACUAAACAGCUGCAGGUUCUUGAAGAAAAGAACAAGCAGCUGAAAGCUACUGUGGCUGAGCUAGAAAAGGAUUUUGAAGAAUCCAAGGGACAAUGCAAAGAAAAGGAGCUCCAGCUAGUGUGUCAGAAGAAGAAAGAAAAAGAAUUGGUAACUGCAGUACAGAGCCUACAACAGAAAGUAGAAAAAUGCCUGGAAGAUGGUGUCCGCCUUCCUAUGUUGGACACAAAACAACUUCAGAGUGAAAAUGAAAGCCUCAAAGAAGAAAAUGUGAAAGCCAGCAAGGUCAUAGACAAUCAACAGAAUCAGAUCACUGAGAUGACUUUAGAGAUUCAGUCUAUGCAAGAUACACUUUUGCAAGGAAAACUGGCAAUUCAAAAACAGAAAAAUGAACUUGAAGAAAAGGAUAAAAGUGUGCAGCAGUUACAUAAGACUCUGCUUGAAAACCAAAGACUUAUGGAAGAAAAUACAUCUUUGAGGGAACAAAUUCAUCAGAUGGAACAGUCAAGACAGCCAGUGGCUGAAAAGCUGCCGGUUGCUGAUCAGUUGUUCAAGGAAAUGUCUCACUGUUUGUUUGACUUAAAAGCACUUUGCAGUAUUCUUACCCAUAGAGCUCAGGGCAAGGAGCCUAACCUGUCCUUACUGUUGGGAAUCAGAUCAAUGAACUGUUCAUCUGAAGAUGAGUACUACCACAGCGCAGAAACUCUCUCAAAGAAACUCUCAGAGGUGUGUCAGUUACGAAAGGAUAUUGAUGAACUGAGGACUAUAAUAUCAGACUGCUAUGCUCAGGACAUGGGAGAAAAUUGCAUUACACAGUGAUAAAAGGUUUGGCCUCACAGCAACAAUAACUAAGUUAUUAAAUGCUGCUCUGGUUUUAGUCCUUUGUGUUUCUGUUAAGGAGCCAUACUGGAAGACACACUCCUUGUCCUGGAUCAAAGGGUUUCAAACAUUUGCGCAUAUUUCUUGCGGGUGAAGCAGUCAUCAGUUGAAGAGAGCAGAACGUGUUGCAAGAGAAACCUGAUUUCUUCAAAACUACUGAAUGUAGGUCAAAGCUGUGAAGAAUGUGUUUCUAUUGAAAAUGUUGGACUUUGUUUCCUCUGUUAUGGCUCAUAAAAAUCUAUCCAUAUUGUUUUCUGGAGUCAAAAUGUAAGUAUCAGAAGAGGCACUAUAGUUACCAUUGUAUCAUUUUCCACCUUCUGCAGAACGUUGGGGUAUGAGAUCAGUAUUGUUAAUCUCAUUGGGGAAAGUGGUUAAAGUGCCUGGCCAUCUGUGGGCAUUAAAACAAUGGACAGUGAUAUGGAGGUUUACACAGAUUUGGUUGUGAGCAGGCACUGAGAUGGUUUUGGCACAUGCCUUAUGUUUGCCUUCUGGGUUUGCGAAGGGCUGUUUUACUCAGCAUGUAAUGGUCAGUGAUCAUCAGUAUUCUUCUUAAACAGAAAAUAAGCUUCUACAUUUCAGAUAAUGCAUAAGGGGUUCAGAUUUAAAAUUUAGCCAUAAUUCCGUUAGCCUCUUCUGCACUCCAUUAGCUUGAAACUUUUGGUUUUGUAAAGUUUGUUUGUGAUCUGAGUGCAUUAGGGCUAGAAAGGACUUUUUAAAGCCACUAAAAUAUAGUAGAGUAUGGCAUCUUAGUAAUCAAUACCCAUUUUACAUUUUGAAUUUGUUCAGAGGCUGAUUUCAGCACCUGGAAGGAUUAAAAGUAAAGAAGAAAUAUGUUUUCUUCAUAAGGGCUGAAAGCAGCAGAUACUGAUGGAUAAUGACAGUAGGAGUGCAUCAGAAUUAGGAGCUGUAACUAGGUUCAGCCAAAUGCACUUACAGUUCCUCUUCAGAUCUCCCUGCUCAGUACAGAAAGGUUGGGAAAUAGUUAAAUUGGGCUUAUGCC